UCCUAAAGCUCUUUUUUUAAAAAAAUUUUAUUGUUAAAAAAAAGUUAUUUUUUUUUAAAAGCUUUUCAAAAUUUAUGUUUGGCCUGACUUUUGCUUUUAAGAGAUAAAUAAGCUGAAAAAAAGUCAGUCCAAAUAAGCACUUAAUGUACCAAUCUUUGAAUGGCGUUGUUACCCACAAUUCUUUCACCAUUUUAUUUUUAGUAAUGAUGAGUUUAGAGAUUUUAGCAAUUAUGGUCUACAUGUAAUUUUCAUAGGAUUUGAAGUGAUCAUGGAAUUGACCUUUUUUGUAAAAUUUUUCACUAUAACAUGGUUGUAUGUUACAGUCUAAUUGAUAUGGUUUUGAAUCCUAAGGUACCUUACCUGAAGCAGCUGUUAUCUAUUCAAUAAAAUGAGUCUUGCCUAUUUUGUCGAUAAAAAUUCUGUAUCAAACCAUAUUCAAUCUGUUUAGGUUUUCAAACUGUUAAACUUGCCAUUCCGUCCUUCAGAAGGCGGGGGUAUGACAAUUUGCAGUCGAAUCCCCAUGAUUUUCAACCCAGAAAAAUGUGGAGAGCAGGGUUAAAACAAUAUGUCGAGAUUUGUCCAUAUUGUGUAAAUAGAAAAUAAAGGAAAAUGCUAUUACAAGCACAUAUAGUGUCUAAUGGUUAUUGCUAGGGAAUGACGUAUUACAAUUUGACAUAAUGAAAAAGGUUUUGCUUUGAAUCAUUAGUUUUUCAAAUAGAACUUUCCCAAAAGUAGUAUGAUUAUUUUGUGACAACAUCUUCUUUCCACUUAACUUUCUUACAUAAUUUUUGAUAAGGUAAUAGUUGUUUUUUAUUUGAAGUUUAUUUUAGUUGCAUGACUUGGAUCUCUCUCUAAUUCAUUCACUUGACUGAAGGAUUUUGUUCCUAUUGUCAUAUUCAGAUAGAGAAUCUGGGACAUUGUUUAUUGUGAUAUAAUUUCUCUUCCUACCUCUUAAUCUUUUCUUUUUUCCAUUGAGAGCCCAAGAAAUCUUUAUUUAGAAAGCACUUUGAUGUUGAUGGAAUCAUCAAGAUCCACUCGAUCAAUUGUUAGUUCUCUUCUUUUUCUUUUUCUUCAUAAUUAGUUUGAUUUGACAAUAAUUACGUGUACUCUAUGAAUUCUUUUAAUAUAUUCUAUUAUUCUAUAAUGCAGAUUCAAUUAUUAUAUUGUACUACUGUAAUGCAAAUAAGAUUAUGUUGAUCCCAUUUAUUGCUUUGUUUAAUUUUUUUUUUUUGUUUCAUUCUUUAUCUUCACACUGAUUUCCAAAGCUGUUUACAUCACAUAUGUUUCCAUGUCCUGGUAAACUAAGAUCCUCUUCAUGCUCAUCUACUGGCUUUGUGUCUUUAACCAGCACAAUAGGUGACAUGUUGGCCAAAGUUUUGAACUGUAGCUUUCUUGAUGCUGAUGAUUUCCAUCCACUAUUGAAUAAAGAAAAGAUGCGCCAAGGUAUUCCCCUCUCAGAGGAGGAUCGGAUUCCAUGGCUGGAAAUGCUAAGGGAUGUUCUAAAAGAGAACUUAGUACUUGGAAAAACUGUGGUACUUGGGUGUUCUUCUCUGCAGAAAUAUUACAGAGAAAUUCUAAGAUGUGCUGAUGCUGCUUAUGAACAUGGCAGCUAUGCCAGUAAGGUGCAGUUUGUUCUGUUGGAUGCUCAGGCUGAGGUGCUUGCUGGUCGGCUCAAGAAGAGAGCUGCAGAAGGGAAUCAUUUCAUGCCAGUCACGCUUCUGCAAUCUCAACUAGACUUACUUCACAUAGAUGAUGCUGAAGGGAUAUUCAAGGUUGAUGCUACUUUAAGCCCUCAAGUCAUUGUAAGCACAAUACAAGCAUUGUUGGUCUCUAAACAAGCCAUAGAUUAACAGUCCUUUUAGGAACUCUUAAGGAGUUCUUCAUAUCUUGACCUGAUGCGUAAUUGUGCAUUUAUGUGAAUGUUUAAUCGAUUAAGAUUGUACCAUUAAUUGAUUAAAAAGCAAGGAAAAACUUUGUUAAA